AUGAAGCUUGUCGUAACAAACAUCACCGAAUGCUGCCCGCCUGCAGGGGAGGACGUCGUCAGCGUCUUGUGUAGCUCGGUGUCCAAGCAACACCGAACGCUGGCUCGCUGCUUCUACGCGUUGUUCGUCAAGCGUCUGACCUACGUGACUCGGAGUUGGGGAAUCCUCCUCGUGUCGUUCGUGCUGCCGCUGUUGCUGCAGUUCGUGUUCCAGGCCUCGCAGGCGCCGAAUGAAGUGCAAGAGGAUGCGAAGCUGUACCGGCUGUCUGAAACGACGGAAGUUCGCCUGGCGUACCACUUUCCCGGCUACACCGUCGUACUACAGGAGUCGAAAUCCACGGCCAACUUGAGUCGAGCGCUGCAGGUUCUCGUGGAGGCCGAAGGUUGCAACGUCCGCCUGGUACCGGACGUCAACGACCUGGUGAUGGACGACUUGGCGACGCACGUUCACACCUACCCCAUGGUGAUUGUCCUAGAACCAGACCGAAUCCGCCUCAUGGUCGACGCGAGGAACUGGGUCACCUUGCCAGUGCUUCUGAACCUCGCAGACACGGCGCUGCUGCGCCUGCUGACGCGUCAACCGACGGCCCGAAUCGCUGCGCAGGUUUCUCAGAUGGUGUUGCUCGACACCACGGUGUUGCACACAGUUAUAAAGUGGGGGAUGUUCUACGCGUUCACGUACGCCCUGGCCUUCUCGGCGUUCGCCUCGUUUCCAGCCGCCGAGAGGCUGGGGGGCGCUCGCGACGUUCAGCUCAUGACCGGUUUGACCGGCACCUUCUACGUGCUAUCGCACUUCGCUUUCGACUUUCUUCUCUACCUUGCGUUCGUCGGUCCGUGGUGCCUGAUCUACUGCGGCCCCACUGGACUCCUGGAGGAGACUUGCAUUCUCAUCUCCGCCACGUUCGUGCUGUCUGGCCCAGCGAUGAUAGGCAUGGCGUACCUGAUCGCUGAGCGGGCGUUGACGGAACUAGGAGCCAUGUACAGCGCGUUUCUUUGGAUUUAUUUGCUUGGACCGUCCUGUCAGUAA